AUGCGUAAGACGGAUGCGAACCGCCAUAUUUGUACCAUCGACGAAACACGCACCUCUCGGGAGGUGGCCGCCGCACUGCCGAGGAUCCAAAAGUGGUGGCAGUUCGUCCGGAACCUACGGUUCGCCACGGAUCUUCAUCCGGCCACGCAGAAACAUCUGAAGAGUUCACAUCAGAUCAGCAAAGAAAAUGAGCGGCUCCUCCAUUGCUUCCCCCCCUGGGUGGUGCAUCCUUUCAGCCGACUCCGGAUGUACGCCGAUGUGGUGGUUUUCAUCGUAAUGAAUCUGCACCUUACGCUGUUACCGCUCGCGUUCAGCUUCCUGGCCUUUCUGCCUGACGGUCCGCGACGUCUGGUAGAGUGUUUCGAUCUGAUCCUGUGCCUGGUGCUUGCCGGUGAGUUUGCGCUCCGAUUCUGCACCGGUUACGUGGUGCCGGCCACGUACGAAAUUGUCCUUGAACCGAGGCGCAUAGCGUUGAAUCGGUUGCGACCGUUCGGACUGCUGUACGGCUUGCUGCUGUUUAUGCCCUUCAUUCUACUGCUGGAGGUGUUCCACACGUGGAUAGUCGGUGCCGGAGCGGAAGCAUCGUUCGCCUUCGUAUCUUUCCUGUACCUGACCAACAUCGUACGGUUCCGCGAGAGCAAUCGCUACUUCCGAAUCGUACCGCGAGUGCUGGGGGUGCCCGAGAGCAAGAUCCGCAUUCUGCAAGUGCUGAUGAACACCCUGUACGUGCUACACUGGACAACCUGUUUGGCGUACAUCAUCCCGCUUCUGCUGAGUUCGGCACGUCCGGCCACGCAAUCUGCUGACCACAAGUUACUGCUGCGCGUGCUCCGUGCGGAGGUUUCGCACCGGAACCUAACCUCAUUCGGGGCGGUUAUCGAUCCGUUCGUCCGCCAACGGUUGACCGAUCUACAGACGAACGCUUCCCCGGCAUAUCGGUACUUCCGCAGUCUGAUGCUGACGCUACGCGUUGGUCUUGCGUCGUGCGAGCAAAAGGACCUCGAGCAGCACUUUAUGUACCAGUGGAUCAUGUGGGUCGUCAUGCUGCUCGGUUGGGUCUGGUUCAACUACGUACCGGUGGUGUUGUGCCGCUUUCUCGACUCGCCCGAAAUGGCCGACGAUCAGUACGAUCGGUUUUUGGCGAACUUGCGAUCCUACGCUUACAACAAGCGCGUCAAUCCGCGGCUGGAGCGCAAACUUCGGGACAACUUUGCAACCCGCUUCCGGACGGGGUUCUUCGACGAGGCGAUGAUUAUGGGACUGUUUCCGCGAAACCUGCGCAGCAGCGUCAAGAUGGAAACCUGCCAGCGAUUGGUGGCUAGUGUGGAUCUGUUCAAAAAUCUUCCGUACGCCGUUCUUACCGACAUCGUCGACUGUCUCCAGCUGGAGGUGUACCUGGAAGGGGACGUCAUCAUUUCGGCCGGCACCUUCGGGGACUCGAUGUACUUCCUGGCGGCGGGUUCGGUGGCGGUGUACGCGAUGCACGGCAAGGAGCUCGGCCACCUGACGGACGGGGCGUACUUUGGAGAGAUUUCGCUCAUCAAACGAAACCAGCAGCGCACGGCGAACGUGGUGGCACUCGAGCCGUGCGAACUGUAUCGCCUUUCGCACGAGGACUUCCAGAGUGUGAUCCAGCCGCACGCGUACCUGCUGAACCGCAUCCGGAAGCAGGCCGAAGAACGACUGACCGCGACGAAGCGGAAAAAGGAUAAACUUUUCCGGAAAAAACUCAUCAACACCUUCCUACAAUAG